AUGUGUGGACGCAGGUGCUUGGUGCUGGGUGCUGCCCGGGAGAGCCGGACCACCAGGAGGAAGAAACGCUUUCCAAACCCUGCCGAGCUCCUCAGCUUCCGAGGCUUCACCCAGAAGACGAGGAAGAUCUGCUGCGGCCCGGAAGCCGUCUUCGGGGAGCUCUUCCACUGGCCUCACUAUGGGAAGCUGGUCAUGGGAGAAGUGCUGUCCAUUAAGGUUUACAACUGCAGCAAGGUUUUCAGUAACAGGCUUCUUGGUACCCUUGUCCUCAGCCUUCAACACCUGAGGAUGUCUGGGAGGCUGAUCCUCCGGGAGGCCCUUGUUGACAGGAACCAGAGAGUCACUGGUAUCUACAUUGAAUUGGAUUUGCGCUACCAGCCUCCAGAUGGCUCAGCUGGGACCUGGGUUGAAGAGGACUUUGCCUAUCAGAUGAAGGACAGUUCAGAGUUAAUCAUCCACAAUCCUGGAUUUGAGGAGCUGGAGGCAGCUGAGGGACCGAGAGCGAGUGAACUGGACAGGAGGGCCGCUGCACUGGGCAGGAAGCUGGCAAAAGGCCUGGAGACUGAUGAGGAAGAGGAGGAAGAAGAUUUCUAUGAUGUGUCUGAGGUGGAGGUCUCAGGCGUUGUCUUCAGCCCUGUGAAGAGCCGCUCCAGACUUUGCUCCGCACGGGACCUCUUUGCCACCCCAACCCCACAGAGCUUCCAGGUUGGGAUUAAUAUCAUUGAAGCGCAGAAGCUGGUGGGGGUGAACAUUAACCCCUUUGUGGUAGUCAAGGUUGGAGAGGAGAAGAGGCACACGGUGACACAGAAGUCAACAAACUGCCCUUUCUACAAUGAAUAUUUUUUGUUUGAAUUCCAUGAGCCAAGGGACGUUUUAUUCCACAGACUCAUAGAGAUCUCUGUUUUUCACUCAAAGAACAUACCGUUUCUGGAAAUGUGCAUAGGAACAUUCAAGAUGGACGUUGUGACAGUGUACAGCCAACCAGAUCACAGGUUUUUCCAGAAGUGGGCUGUUAUCAGCGACCCCACAGACACCCGGGCAGGUGUGAAAGGCUUUGUGAAGUGCAACAUCUCCGUCACUGCACGUGGGGAUGUUGUGACCUCCCUUCCCACCUCCUCCAGCAGCCGCGAUGAGGACAUUGAAAGGAACCUGCUGCUGCCUAAGAGAGUCCCUGCAGAGAGACCCUGGGCCAGGGUCUGCAUUAAGCUGUAUCGUGCCGAGGGCCUGCCCAGCAUGAGCGCGGGCAUCAUGGGUGGUUUCUCCAAGAUCAUAGGGGAGAAAAAAGUCUUUAUUGACCCAUACGUGCAGGUCUCAUUCUGUGGGCAGCAGGGGGAAACAUCGGUGGAGACCAACACCACUGAGCCUGAGUGGAAUGAGCAGAUCAGCUUCAUUGAGAUGUUCCCACCUCUGGCCAGGAAGAUAAAAGUCCAGGUGCUGGAUGAUGCCAAUGUUGGUGAUGUGGCCAUUGCUACCCACUACAUUGACCUGCAGCAGAUCUCAGACAUUGGCAGGAAUGGCUUUAACCCCAUGUUUGGCCCAGCCUGGGUGAACCUGUAUGGCUCCCCCCAGAACUCAGCUCUGCGGGACAUCCACAAGGACCUCAACGAGGGCAUGGGCGAGGGGAUCUUUUACCGUGGGCGCAUCCUCAUGGCCAUCACAGUGGAGAUCUUCAGUAGCCCCAGUGUCGCAGAGAGGAAGCUUGGGGACAAGACGAAAGGUGCCCUAAGCAAACUGAAACUGAAGAAGAAAAGUAAGAAAUCCAAGGAGAAAGCCAAAGAGCUGAGCCAGCUGCAGGGAGAGGAGGAGUCUGGGGGUUCUCAGGAGGCCGAGCAGCCCGGGGAGGUUAUUGUGGAAGUGGAAGAGCUUCAUCCACUCCCUGAGAAUGCACUGGGAAGGAAAGAGGAAUUCCUCCUCUUCGCUGCCUUCUUUGAAGCCACUAUGAUGGACUCCUCUCUCAGCUCCAAGCCUGUCAGCUUUGAAGUCUCUAUAGGAAACUAUGGCAAAGCUGAAGAGAUUGUGACCAAAGUAGGGAGAAAAGUGGAAAAGGGAGAAGUGAAAGAAGAAAAGCAGCCUUUGCUGGACCCUGGUUCAGAUGGUGAGCUGGAUGUUGAAGUCCUGGCCCCAACUUCCGCAGCACUGAACAAGUCAGUGACGAAGAGCCAGAGACCAGAGCCCAUGGAGUAUGACAGGUCAUACAGCUGCCUGCCCAUGAUGCAUGAGAAACCCUGCGUGUACGUGUGGAGCUACUGGGAGGAUCACACCUGGAGACUCUGCAUUUCCAACUGGAUUGUCAAGCUGGCAGAGCGCCUGGAGCAGGGGCUGGACAGUGUGGAGAAGCUUGUGAGAAGGCCGAAGGCUAAAGCAGAAGAGAGGCUCAGAGGAGUGCUGGAGGAAUUUGUAGCUGGAUGCAGGCAAUAUUCACUCAGCGCAGAGAGAAAAACAAUGGCAUAUCCAAACAACCUCGACAGAUGUCGGAUGAAAUACCUGAUGCGCAGCAUUAUCCUGUAUGCCAAGCAGGGGCUCCGUGUGAGGCGUCGGUUGACUCGAGCCAACGUCAAGGAGAAGGUUAAGGAGACAAGGAAGGUCCUGGCAAAGCUACGCUUUUUGGCUAAAGAGCCCCAGUGCACCCUCCCUGAUGUACUCAUCUGGAUGCUCAGCAACAACAGGCGUGUGGCGUAUGCAAGAGUUCCUGCACAGAACAUCCUUUACUCGGUAGUUGAAGAGGAGAAAGGCAAGGACUGUGCAAAGAUCCAGACUGUCUUUAUGAAGGUCCCUGGCUUACACACUGGUGAGAUCUUUGCCAAACUGGAAAUCUACAUGUGGCUUGGGGUAACCAAAUAUGCGAAGAACUGUUUGACAGAGCUGCCUGAGGAGUUCAAGUACCUCUCUGAAAGUGGACAGGAGAUAGCCCAGCUCUCAGCGUACAGCCCUCCCAGCCGGCUCAGCAGAGAUGAUUUCAGCUAUUUCCAGCUCCGAGCUCAUCUGUAUCAGGCUCGAGGGAUCCUCCCUGUAGAUGACAAUGGCCUUUCAGAUCCGUUUGCAAGAGUGGUGUUUUCGACUCAUUGCCAGACCACCAGGAUGCUGGAGGAGACACUGAGCCCCAUGUGGAAUGAGCUACUUCUGUUUGACCAGCUCAUUAUUGAUGGGAAAAAAGAAGAGUUGAAAACAGAGACACCCAUCAUUAUAAUCAACCUUUUCAGCCAUAAUAAAUUUGGCUCCCCUGAGUUCCUUGGCCAGGCCUUUGCUGUCCCACAGGUGAAGCUGGUCGAUGAGCCAUACACCAAACCUGCCCUGCAGUUCUUCGAUGUCUACAAAGGCACCAAAGCAGCGGGAGAGCUCAUUGCCACUUUUGAGCUGAUUGAGCUGGAUUACAGUGGCUAUUUGGAGCCGUCAGUGCCUGAGGAUGUGGAGCCCAAGGAGCCUGACUACUUGGGAGACCCCUGUUCUGGACGGUUCAUCAUCCCUGAGGGCAUCCGCCCAGUGCUGAAGGAGUUUCGCAUAGAGAUUCUGUUCUGGGGCCUGCGGGACCUGAAACGAGUGAACUUGUUUGAGGUGGAUCAACCCCAGGUUAUCAUUGAAUGUGCUGGCAAGAAGGUGGAGUCAGAGGUGAUCAUGACCUACAAAGCGAACCCCAACUUCACCGAGCUGGUCAAGUACAUGGACGUGGAGCUCCCAGAGCAGGUCUAUCUGCACCCUCCCCUUAGCAUCUUCGUGGUGGAAAAGCGGGCAUUUGGGCGCAUGGUGAUGGUGGGUACCCAUGUUGUGUCUGAUGUGAUGAAAUUCUCUCCCAGAGAGCUGGAGGAGGAACCAGAAGAUGUCCCCAAAGCUCAGAAAGUCUCAUCCCAGCGUCUUCCCUCUCAGAUUGUUGUAAAUGUUGGCCUGACAGCGGGUGACCCAGGUUCCAGCACUCACCCCCUGAGUCUUGUGAAGGGUCCUUUGCAGAAAUUUCCUAUCAAUAAGCUUGUAAAGAAGGAAGAUGAAUAUGAAGAGGAAAAACCAGAGCUGGAAGAACUAGAUUGGUGGUCCAAGUACUAUGAGUCCUUGAAGGAGCUGUAUAACCAGACACGCAGUGAUGAGGAAGAUGCUGAGAAUGAUGACCUGAAUGAUGCAGAUGGAGGGAAUUUAAAUGCAUCCUCCAUUGACAUGGAAGCAGAUGAUGAGGCAGUAAUUGAAGCUGAACCUGCUCGACCCAAGAGGAAGCUCAUCGCCACUCUUCAGAUCUACAAUUCUGAGCUGGAAAAUGAGUUUGAUAAUUUUGAAGACUGGCUGUGUAUUUUCCCCCUUCAUCGUGGCAAAGCAAAUGAGGAUGAAGAUGGAAAUGAGGAUGAACAUUUUGUGGGGAAGUACAAGGGCUCCUUCUACGUUUACCCCACUGAGGAAGCCGGCAUGGAGCCCAAGGUCUCCCAGGGCAUUCCAAGGAACAGACCCAUCAAGGUUCUUGUAAGAGUUUACAUUGUUAAGGCUACGAACCUGUCUCCAGCAGACCCCAAUGGCAAGGCAGACCCCUAUGUUGUGGUGACUGUGGGGCAGGAGCAGAAGGACACAAAGGAGCGGUACAUCCCAAAGCAGCUCAAUCCUGUGUUUGGAGAAGUUAUGGAGCUGACAGUCUCCUUUCCCAUGGAAUCAGAACUCACUGUGGCAAUAUUCGACCAUGAUUUGGUUGGUUCUGAUGAUCUGAUUGGGGAGACCAAGAUUGACUUGGAGAAUCGAUUCUACAGCAAGCACAGGGCCAACUGUGGAGUGGCUUCUCAGUAUGACGUAAAUGGCUAUAACAUGUGGCGAGACGCUUUCAAGCCCACACAGGUCUUGGAUAGUUUAUGCAAGAAAAACUCACUCCCUGCAGCAGAGUACAGACAGGAGGAGGUCAAAGUGGACAAUAAAAUAUUCAAGGUCCCUCCAGAGGCUUUUCCUGAAGAGGCCUAUGUGAGGAACAGGAGAGGAGUGGCAGAUGAGAACUUGUCAGUGGAUGAUGAACAUAAGGCUUUGUACGUCCUGCAGCACUGGGAGGAGAUGCCAGGAUAUGGGUACAAGUUGGUACCAGAGCAUGUGGAGAUCCGGUCCCUGUACAACCCGGAGAACCCUGGGCUUGUGCAGGGCUCCUUGCACAUGUGGAUUGACAUGUUUCCAAAUGACGUCCCUGCACCGCCGCCUGUCAAUAUCAAGCCACGAUUGCCUGUCAGCUACGAGCUCCGUGUGAUUAUCUGGAACACGGAUGAUGUGAUCCUUGAUGAUGUCAACCCAAUAACAGGAGAACCUUCCAGUGACAUCUACGUGAAAAGCUGGAUAAAGGGUCUUGACCACGAGAAGCAGGAGACGGAUGUUCACUUUAAUUCCUUGACCGGGGAGGGCAAUUUCAACUGGAGGUUUGUCUUCCGCUUCAACUAUCUCCCAACUGAGAAGGAGAUAACCUACAAGAAGAAGGACUCUGUCUUCUCCGUGGAGGAAUCAGAGUUUCGGGAGCCAGCUGUUCUGGUCCUCCAAGUCUGGGAUUACGACAGGAUUUCAACUAAUGACUUUCUAGGAUCCAUUGAGCUGAAGCUGCAUGACAUGGUGAGGGCAGCCAAGAGCUCAGAGCAUUGCACCAUCAGGAUGGCCAAGGAGAAUGCAACCCCUCGCUUCUCCAUCUUCCGAAACAAACGCAUGAGAGGCUGGUGGCCCUUCAUCAAACUCAAAGAUCAAGAAGAUGAGGAGAGAGAGGAGAGGGAGGAGAAGCAGAAGAAGAAGAAAAAGAAGUGGAGCAGCUCAGUCAAACCAGAGGACGUGGAGUUCACAGACCCCAGUGGGAACAAGUACCUCCUGACGGGUAAGGUGGAAGCAGAGUUCCAGCUGCUGACUGUGGAGGAGGCUGAGAAAAGUCCUGUUGGUUUGGGCCGAAAAGAGCCUGAACCCCUGGAAAAGCCAAACCGACCAAAAACUUCUUUCAACUGGUUUGUGAAUCCCAUGAAAACCUUUGUGUUCUUUAUCUGGAAGCGGUACAAGAAAUACAUAAUUGUGCUGUUCAUUGUCGCUGUUCUGACCAUCUUCCUUGUUCUUUUGAUCUACACCAUGCCUGGAUACAUUAGUGAGAAGAUCAUCAACGGAUAAAUGCUCUUCAGCACAGGACUGCUCAAAGACAGGGGUGAUCAUUGCAGGAACUGAGACUGGACCAGAAAGUUUAAGGAAAUCCUGCAAGUGCAGAGGCCACCUUCAGAGUGAGAGACCUACAGAAGUGGCCUCUUUUGGGGGAGACAUUUUUCAUGCUAAGUAUCCAUGAGAUGCUAAGAAACCAAGUAACCAACCUACUAAAUAAGGAAAACUCCUUGAAGGACAGUUAACAGCUUUGGGAAAAAAAUAGUUCUUUGUGGGAUGGGUGUGGGAGGGUGGGAAAACAGGGUCUGCUGGGGCUGUCCCCACUGACAUGGCAGCUGAAAUCAGCUGUUGCCAUUGAGAGUGAUUCUGGCAGAGAUGAGGACAUACAGAGCCCAUCCAUGCCCCAGCUUGACAACACUUGGCACUCCCCAGGUUACCUGAAGAGUUCGAAACACACUGUACAGGGGGAAGGCAAGUCUGGUGUAGGGUCCUGGUGGAGGUAGGCCCUGAAAGACCUUUGAAUGGGCCUCUCCAGAGAGAAGAAUGACAGAGCCAAGUUAGCCAUGAACUUCCUACUGUGCCAUGAGCACAGGAUAGCUCUUGAAGUUGGCUCUGAACAUGGUAGCACUCCCUGGGACACGGACUUUCUGGUUGUCACUCCUUACAAGCUGCUUAACAGCUUUUCCUGCAUGAGCUGGGUUGGAUUCGGGCUUACUUUGAACUUAAUUUCCACAGAAAUAAAAGCU